AUGCUGCCUAUACUAAAGGCCGGGGAAGACGAGGGGGGUCCCCGGAUCCCCCCUCCUCUAUGGUGUGAGGCGAAGCGUGAGGCGUUAAUCGAUGGCAAAGGAAAAGUUAAUCUUGAGGUAAUGCUUGUUCAUUUUCUUCGGCAAGGACGUUUGAGCAAGCACGAUGCACUCAACAUAAUUCAAAAUGCAUCAAGUGUACUUCGUACGGAACCCAACGUCCUGAGGAUUGCUGAUCCUUCGGUUGUAGUCGUCGGCGACGUUCGGGGACAGUUCUACGAUUUAGCAAAAAUUAUAUUUAUAGGUAAUAUGUUCAGUAGGGCAAAAACGUAUUUGUUUCUAGGUAAUUAUAUUGACUCAUGUUUUUUUAGCACCGAGUGUAUACUCCUUUUGCUUGCGGCGAAACUAACCCACCCGAGUUGUGUAUUUUUGCUUCGUGGAAACCAUGAAUGCCGUUUUAUGUCGAAUAUUUUCGAUUUUCGGGGAGAGUGUCUGAAGAAAUAUAAUGACGAUGUUUACGAAGCCAUUAUGACAGCGUUUGAUUGUCUUCCACUGGCAGCUGUUGUAAACAAUCAGUAUUUUUGUGUACAUGGAGGUCUUUCACCUGACGUUACGAGUGUUGACAAUAUUCGCUUAAUUUAUCGAUUUCGGGAACCCCCGUCGAAAGGGGCUAUGUGUGAUUUAUUAUGGUCUGAUCCGUUUUGGGAUGUAGAGAAUCCGUCGUCAGUUUGCGAAGGUUCUAGAGAUGAUUAUUACACCCCUGGAAAUGGCCCAUCGUACGGUACGGCGCCAUGCUUUCUUGACAACGAGCAGAGAGGUUGCAGUUAUUUGUUUAACUAUCAUAGUGUAAAGCACUUUUUGUUGACGAAUGGUCUUCUUUGCGUCGUACGUAGCCAUGAGGUUCAAGAUGAUGGUUAUAAGUUGUAUAGGUUCAACAGUGUUUCCAAUUUUCCGUGCAUGAUGUCCGUUUUUUCUGCCCCUAAUUACUGUGAUAACUUGCACAACAAGGGUGCAGUCCUCAUUCUUGAGGGGAAACAAAUAGGUAUAAAGCAGUUUUGUUGCUCGCCUCAUCCUUAUGUUCUCCCAAAGCAUCUUAACGCAUUUGAAUGGUCAUUCUCUUACCUGUUGGAUAGUGUUCGCGACAUAUUUGCUUCCAUCAUUUCGUGUGAGGGAGCAUGA